AUGGCGUAUUUCAAGGGAUCCCAUGACAGCACGGGGGUGCCAGUCUCUCCGUACAGCGACCUACCAGAGGCCGUCAUUCCGGAAGAUAACCUUCCUUCCUACGAGGCGGCGAUAGGGAACAAUCUACAGCAAACGACUGCGGUGACGAGCGACGGUCGAGUCGACGUCGAUGUCAACUCUCGCUUCUGCCGUGCCCUUUCCCGCUUCAUUCCCGACUUCAAGGCGCCUCUAGAGGAGCCUGAAUCUCCGGCAUACUCCCAGUUUCACGAGACAAAGGGAGAAUCUUCGAUAUUUCACCAAUUCCCCAUCAAGCUCAACAUCGUCAUCCAAGUCGUCGGAAGCCGCGGCGAUGUUCAACCCUUCGUCGCCCUCGGCUGCGAGCUCCAGAAGCAUGGCCACCGAGUGCGUCUAGCCACACACAAUGUCUUUGACAAGUUUGUCCGCGACGCUGGACUCGAGUUCUAUCCGAUCGGCGGCAAUCCCUCGGAAUUGAUGGCGUACAUGGUCAAGAACCCCGGCUUGAUACCCAGCUUGAAGAGUCUCCGCGGUGGAGAUAUCCAAAAGAAGCGUGUAAUGGUGGCCGAAAUGCUAGACGGUUGUUGGCAGUCAUGUCUUCAGCCAGACCCUAUCAGUGGGCGUCCAUUUGUUGCCGACGCCAUCAUCGCCAACCCUCCUAGCUUUGCCCACGUCCACUGCGCGCAAGCAAUGGGCAUCCCGGUCCAUUUAAUGUUCACCAUGCCUUGGACCAGCACGAGGAGCUUUUCGCAUCCCCUAGCCAAUCUCAAGUUUGGGAGCAAGGCAGGUAUGGACCAGGAGACGGCCAACUAUGUUUCCUACAGUGUGGUGGAGUGGCUGACAUGGCAGGGUUUGGGUGAUGUUAUCAAUGAUUGGCGCAAGACGAUUGAUCUUGAGCCUGUACCCUUGGCUGAGGGUCCUCUGCUUGCUGAGACGCUCAAGAUCCCUUUCACAUAUUGCUGGUCGCCAGCGUUGGUCGGAAAGCCAGCAGACUGGCCAUCUUAUAUCGACGUUUGCGGCUUCUUUUUCAGAGAACCCCCCAACUAUACGCCUCCUCCUGACCUCGCAGACUUCUUGGCUCAAGGCCCUCGUCCCAUCUACAUCGGCUUCGGCAGUAUUGUCAUUGAUGAUCCUGAGCGUAUGACCAAGAUUCUCGUCGAGGCUGUGCAGAGGACAGGUGUGCGAGCCAUAAUUUCUCGAGGAUGGAGUAAUCUCGGCGGCAUAGAAGACAAGGAUAUCUUUUUCUUGGGAGAUUGUCCGCAUGAGUGGCUGUUUACACAAGUGUCUGCCGUCUUUCACCAUGGUGGUGCGGGGACAACGGCUUGUGGUCUUCUCAACGGUCGGCCAACGACUAUUGUUCCCUUCUUUGGAGACCAGCCAUUCUGGGGCGAGAUGGUCGCAGCAUCAGGGGCAGGACCCCUCCCAAUCCCCCACAAGCAGCUCAACGUGGAUAACCUCGCCGAGGCCAUCCAGUACUGUCUCACGCCAGAGGCUGCUUCAGCCGCUGCCGAGAUCUCGCACCGCAUGAGGAGGGAGAAUGGUGUAGUCACUGCGGCGCGAUCGUUCCAUGCCAACCUGCCUUUGGAGAGCCUGCAGUGCGACAUCCUGCACAAUCAGCCUGCUGUGUGGCUGUUUAAGCGAGGAGGCAAGCAGAUUAGGUUGUCCAAGGCAGCGGCCGGUGUCCUGUUUCAGCAUCUCAAGGUUGACCACAAGAAGCUAACUAUAAACGAGAUCAAGACUAUCAGGAUCAUCAACCGACGAUGGGAUCCAUUGACUGGGACUGUCUCAGCUAUGCUCGGCACAUCAACUGACAUGGCCAAAGCCACCACUGGCAUUAUUACAAGGCCAAUUCAAGCAUAUCAAGAACGCCAAAGGACCCUUACAGCCAACGAAGCCCCUGAGUCCGCGAGUCCUCAUCUCUCACCAGCCCCGUCGGAGCAUGGCAGCAUAUCCAGACCACACACCUCACACGGCGGCAGUGGCAGUGGAUGGAAGACAGCCGGCGCAGUAGCCUCUGCAUCGGCAUCAGGGGUUGGCGGGUUCUUCAAGUCGUACGGCCGCGGCUUCUACGUUGAUCUACCGCUCGCCAUCACGGAAGGAUGCCGUGCCGUGCCCAAGCUCUACGGUGAAGAUGUUCCCGAGAACGAGCCGAUCCACAACUGGCAGUCGGGUGCUCGCGUAGGAGGCGUCAACUUUGUCCGGGGAAUCUCUGAAGGCUUUGCCGAUUUGUUUGUACAGCCCUACAAGGGGGGCAGGGAUGGUGGUGCGCUUGGCGCUGCCCUAGGUGUCGGUAAAGGUGUGGUUGGUAUGGCGACCAAGACAGCUUCAGGUGCGUAUCAGCUCGUGUCCCAUGUUUAA